UAGUGGGAUGAAAGAACUAUCCCACCAUAUAUGUUGAAACGCUAGCCUCAAUAUAUAGCUCUACGAUUUUGUACAAAGAAAGAUUUUAUGUUCAACUGUGCAAACUAGUGUGAGUGGGUUUUGAUCUCUAGUUGUACACUCACUGGAUUUAUUGAAGAUGAAAGUGGCACUCUUCAUGCUGGCUGCUUGUGCAGCUGCAGCAAUGGCAGAGCCGGCAAUCAGCCAAGCCAGGCCAGUUUCAAACAGACCCGGAAGAUUUUUAUCACUACCGAAUCCACAAAAAUGUGCGAAUCGACCAAAGCAAUUCUUUUUCCGAGGCCACAACUAUUUCUUCAGUGGUCAUGUGCCUGAACUCGCUGGUAGGAAAGUAGAUUGGUUGGACGGCAGAAAUAUAUGCAGGGAAUACUGUAUGGAUUUAGUUUCUCUAGAAACUCAGGAAGAAAACAAUAUGAUCUUCCGACUGAUUCAACAAAAUGAUGUACCAUACAUCUGGACAUCAGGUCGUCUCUGCGACUUCAAAGGUUGUGAGAAUCGUCCAGACCUCGAGCCCAAAAAGGUCUUAGGUUGGUUCUGGUCUGCAAACAGGGAAAAGAUGGCUCCAACCAACAGGACUCCCAACGGCUUUAGUUACAACCCCUGGUCUCAAACUGGUCACAAAAAACAACCCCAACCAGACAAUGCAGAAUUCGAUAUCAACGGCACCAACGAGUCCUGCCUUUCUAUCCUCAACAACGUUUACAACGACGGCAUCGCGUGGCACGACGUGGCCUGCUACCACGAGAAACCAGUUGUAUGUGAAGACUCCGAUGAAUUAUUGAACUAUGUCGCUUCCACAAAUAGGGGAAUCCGUUUAUGAAUGAAGAGCAAAUUUUCAACCACUCUCUCUUUACUAUAAACAGAUUUAAUUUUUAAUAUUGUAAAUGGAUAUUUAUUUUUUCAUAAGUUCAAUUUUUUAAUAUCUGUACAAAACAAGCUCAAUUAUCUAUGCCGAAACUGAAAUGGUUCGACCUUAAUGGUAGUGUAAUUAAUAAAUGUAAGUGAAUUGUACAAAUCCUUCAGCUCUGCAAGUUUUUGCUGUAAAACGUGUGAAAACGAAUAAAAUUCUAGAAAAAUA